GAGCUGAAGAUCGGAGCAGGAACCAUGUCUUCAGAACCUCAGGAAGGUUCUGUCAGAAAACAACUUUCUGCUGCUGAAGGAACCAUCGUCCAGAACGAGGAGGAGCUCUGUCGUCAGCGCAGACUGCUAGAUAGCAGCUGGAACCCGCAGCUGCAGCUACACGUAGUUGUCCUCCCUCAGCAUUAUGUAGGUGAAGAGGAUCUUUGCAACCAGCAGAGAAAUUUAAGAGUGAAACAGGGGGAACCAGAACCUUCAUGGAUUAAAGAGAACCAAGGAGAUCCAGAACCUGCACAGAUUAAAGAUGAACAUGGAGAACCAGAACUUUCACGGAUUAAAGAGGAACAUGAAGAACCAGAACCUUCACGGAAUAAAGAAGAACAUGAAGAACUAGAACCUCGGCAGAUUAAAAAGGAACCAGAACCUCCACAAAUUAAAGAGGAGCCAGAAGAGCUCUUCAUCAGUCAGGAUGAAGAUCAGCUUGAUCUGAAGCAGGAGUCUGAUACUUUGGUGGAGAUUUCUACUUAUGUGGAAGAUGAAAACAGUGAAGCAGAUCUAAACAAUCAGCAGAGCUUUAAUGUAACUGACAGUCAGGAUGAAGAAGGAAACCAACAUGAAGAAUCAACAUCAACUACAGAUGAAGAGACAGACCCACAGAACAGAGAUCAGAGGGAGAGUUUAAGUUAUUUGUCUCAUCUCAAAACACACAUGAGAACUCCUAUAGGAGAGAAGCCUUUUUCUUGUAUAGAAUGUAAAAAAGGUUUUAAUUAUUUAUCUGGUCUAAAAACACACAUGAGAACUCAUACAGGAGAGAGGCCUUUUUCUUGUGUAGAAUGUGUUAAAAGUUUUAGUCAUGUAUCUGACCUAAAAAAACACAUGAGAACUCACACAGGAGAAAAGCCUUUUUCUUGUAAAGAAUGUAAAAAAAGGUUUUAUCGUACAUCUAGUCUCCAAAGACACAUGAGAACUCAUACAGGAGAGAAGCCUUUUUCUUGUAAAGAAUGUGAUAAAAGUUUUAGUUGUGAAUCUAAUCUCAAAGCACACAUAAGAAGUCAUACAGGAGAGAAGCCCUUUUAUUGUAAAGAAUGUGCCAAACGUUUUAGCCGUGUAGCUGAUCUGAAAAACCACAUGAGAUCUCACACAGGAGAAAAGCCUUUUUCUUGUAAAGAAUGUAAAAAAAAAUUUAAACAAACAUCUGGUCUCAAAACACACAUGAGAAUUCAUACAGGAGAGAAGCCUUUUUCUUGUAAAGAAUGUGAUAAACGUUUUAGUUGUGUAUCUAAUCUCAAAACACACAUGAUAAGUCAUACUGGAGAGAAACCCUUUCCUUGUAAAGAAUGUAAAAAAUGUUUUAGUUAUUUAUCUCAUCUCAAACAACAUAUGAGAACUCAUACAGGUGAGAAGCCUUUUUCUUGUAAAGAAUGUAAAAAAAGUUUUAGUUGUGCAUCGAGUCUCAAAACACACAUGAGAACUCACACAGGAGAAAAGCCUUUUACUUGUAAAGAAUGUGAUAAAUGUUUUAGUUGUGCAUCUAAUCUCAAAACACACAUGAGAACUCAUACAGGAUAG